AUUCGGUCCCCGAAAAAUGGACGCCUCUACGUGGCGUCUUGAUACAGGUCUGUCGAUCACGUGAUCGAUGACGCAUCGGCGCAUGCGCACGAAAGUCCCGCCCGAAGAGCGUUCGUUCCGAUUCGUCAAUUCCGUACUGUGCCGGUACUCUCGGCAGUCUCGGUACUCUCCACGACAAUAUAGUAUAUGUACACCGACGUGUAUUCGCGUGAGGCGCGAGUAUUGUGGGUAAAAAGCUGAAAUGCGCGCGCACUGUUGCCGAGUACGAGGGUAAAAUUUCUUGCAGUAGUUCGGAACGCGGCGGGAAGCGAUUCGUCAGCGUGUUACUUUCUCGCUGGUGCUUGCAAGCGAGGGGGAGGCGGGAAGGCCAGCGGAACACGAGAGAAUCCGAGAGAAAACGCCAAGGGGCUGAAGAGGGGGCGGCGAAGGAGGAAGAGGAGAAGAAGCAAGAGGCCGAGUAGUGCUGUUGACGAUAGUGAAGAGAGAUAGUUGUCAAGGGAAUUGUAGGGACCGGUCAAGAUUCGAAAACUGCUUGCACGCUAACGGUACCGUGAGAGAUAUUAUGCGACGGCUCGGUAUGAAGAACAAGCAUAGAAAGUCCGAACUGGCGAGCGACAGCGAGCCGGAAGAAAAUGUCGACGCACGCGCGGCCAGUGGCGACGAAACCGACGAUGAGACGCAGGCCGGUAAGGCUAAGAACAACAUCGCGCAAAAGUCCUCCACGAAGAGACGCUCCUCGCGCGGUACAUCGUUGCAGAAGCCGACGGCGAGCUCGAACGACGAUGUAGACUCUGAUAAUGACUCUAUGAAGGUAGAACCGAAAGAGCGGGAAAAUGGCGAGAAGAAACAGUCAACGAAUAAGCGUAGAAAGAAGGAAGAUCAGCGAGCGUCCACCUCGGCCCGCGACAAGCUCGAGAACGCCGAGAGCGAAUAUGAGGUCGAAAGGCUCAUCAAUAUUCGUACCAUUAAAGGUCGUCGACAGUUCUUGGUGAGAUGGGUAGGUUACGGAGAAAACGACGACACUUGGGAAAAUGAAAAGGAUUUGAAUUGUUCUCAGCUGAUAGAAGACUUUUUAGCCGAGGAAAAAGAUAAAGAGAAAGAAAAAGAAAUUAAAUUAUCAAAAGAGAAAGAAAAAGAAAUUAAAUUAUCAAAACCGAUCAAGACAGAGAAAUCUAAAAGAUCUUCCAGAGGUACUCACAAGAAACUAACCCAAGAAACGGAAGAAAUUGACGAAAAAGAUAGUGGAGAGGAAAAAGAGAUCUCAAAGGAAUUUGAGGUCGAAAGAAUAAUUGAGGUACGUUUUAAGAAAAAUGGCACAAAAGAAUUUUUAAUCAGAUGGAAAGGAUUCAGUGUGUCUGACGACACGUGGGAACCGGAGAAAAAUCUGAAUUGUCCGGAACUCAUUGCAAAGUUUAUGGAAAAAUUAGAAAAAGUGAAAACCUCUGAAAUGCGGGAACUCAGAACAAAUCGGGUACAUACUAAACGAUACACAUUAACAACACAGCCCCGUGGAAGGAGAUUAUCGAAACGUAAUAAAGACAAGCAAAGGGCAACGUACCAUGAAUGUGACGAAUGAAGAAUAUCGAAACCCCAAUCUUUAUUUUAUUCAAACAAAAUUUAUAUACAUAUAUAUAUAUAUAUACAUACACACACA